AAAACGACACAAAUAACAUCCUUUUCUACCCCACCAGGACAUGGCUGAGCAGCCGUCGUUCCCAGACCGGGUUCCUCACCGCCGCCGGCCAGCCCCCCGCCCUCCUCGUGGUCCCAAUGACAUUUACGUGAACACGAAAACUGAUUUUCAGGCCCAGCUGUCUCGAUGCCGCCGUCUCCUGGCAAGCGGGGGACCGAAAGAACUGAGAGUGCACGGCCUAGGCCUGGCCAUCGGCCGAGCCAUUAACCUCGCCCUGCAGUUGCAGCUCUCAAUGCCCGACGUCCUUCUCAUCUCUGCUAGUACAUCCACGGUGGAGCUGACCGAUGAUAUGGAACCAGAGGGAGGGGAGGACGGGGAGCCGGGCGUCCGCAGCAGGAACAACUCUGCCAUUCACAUCCGCGUGUACCGAGCGCAGGAAGAGUGACGCGGGAGCCACCCGCAUGCACCGAGCUCAGGAAGGGUGACGCAGCAGCCUGGCACCACUUUAUGCUGUGUAUGGGGGAGCUCGGUAACCCGUCCAUGGGGCAUGAGGGGGGUUCAGUGCUGCAGUGCGCCUCUAGAAGACGGGCCCCUUGUAUGUGAUAUAAUACCAGUGGCCCCUCAGCAAGGAUGGGCUUUAUAAUGGGGAGAAGACAUCAGACAGAUUAGGGAUGGCAUUGGGGCUGUAUAUUACUGCUCCACACUGAACAGGACUGUACCCCCUGAUAAUAAGGUGUCAGUGUUAUAUCUCCAUGUGGCCAUUGCCCUGUAAGACUGUCUUAUCUCUAUAAGAACUGUGAUGGUGUUAGUGUAAUUGUACAGUGUUGCCCUAUAAAUCUCAGUCCUUAAUUAUCCAUAGAAUUAGAACAGAUCUGGCUUCUUACAUUGUAUAUAACCCCAUGUAGGUGUACAAGCAGUACUCUCCCUUGUAAAACGCCUUGUCUUUCUGUAACAUAAAUCACUAUACUUA